UUUAUCUUCAGCAUUUAACCCGUGCUACAAUGAAAAUGAAAGCGGCAGAGGAUCAGGUUGUUCAAGAUGAUUCUGGUUUCCAGGAUGACGAGGAGAGCUUCUUCCAAGACAUUGACCUGCUACAGAAACACGGGAUUAAUGUGGCAGACAUCAAAAAGAUGAAGUCAGUGGGUAUCUGCACUGUGAAAGGGAUCCAGAUGACUACUCGCAAGGCUUUGUGCAACAUCAAGGGCCUGUCAGAGGCAAAAGUGGAAAAAAUCAAGGAGGCUGCUGGGAAAAUGCUGAACGUGGGUUUCCAGACCGCCUUCGAGUACAGUGCGAAGAGGAAGCAGGUGUUCCACAUCACAACUGGGAGCCAGGAGUUUGAUAAACUUUUGGGUGGAGGUAUAGAGAGUAUGGCUAUCACUGAGGCCUUCGGAGAGUUCCGCACAGGGAAAACCCAGCUGUCUCACACACUCUGUGUCACUGCCCAGCUGCCAGGCGAGGACGGAUACUCAGGCGGGAAAAUCAUCUUCAUUGACACAGAGAACACCUUUCGUCCAGACAGACUGAGAGACAUGGCUGACAGGUUUAAUGUGGACCACGAUGCUGUGCUGGACAAUGUGCUUUACGCCCGGGCCUAUACCAGUGAACACCAGAUGGAGCUGUUAGACUUUGUAGCAGCCAAAUUCCACGAGGAAGGAGGAGUGUUCAAACUGUUGAUCAUCGACUCCAUCAUGGCCCUGUUUAGAGUCGACUUCUCUGGCCGAGGCGAGCUGGCUGAGCGGCAGCAAAAACUGGCCCAGAUGCUCUCCAGACUGCAGAAGAUCUCCGAAGAGUACAACGUAGCAGUGUUUGUCACCAACCAAAUGACUGCUGAUCCCGGCGCAGGAAUGACGUUUCAAGCUGAUCCCAAGAAGCCAAUCGGUGGGCAUAUCCUGGCCCACGCCUCCACCACACGGAUCAGCUUGAGGAAGGGGCGCGGAGAGCUGAGAAUCGCCAAAAUAUUUGACAGUCCCGAUAUGCCUGAGAACGAGGCCACUUUUGCCAUCUCUGCUGGAGGAGUUACUGAUGCCAAAGAGUGAAGAAUAAAAGGAAGAGAGACACAUGUUAUCACUGUUCCCUGAUCCUGUCAAUUUAAAGUUAUUUCAGGUAUUUUUAAUGAAUGUAUUUAUUGAGUUUUACAACUUUAUGUAACUUAAACUUACACUAACAACUUUGCACUUUUGAUGUAUUUAUUCUAUUUAUACACUUUAAGGUA